AUGGCAACUACGAUUUCCCAAGGCGAAAAAAGCUCUGGUUUUCAGGCAGGGAUGAUAAACGGCAACAUUGGAAAUGUCACUAUUGUACAAUCCGAAACGCUGAAUCAAGAAUGUCUUCGUGAUUUGCAUGCCACCAACCCUGUCGAUGAUAAAAAACGUAUCAAAAAUGACAAGGGCGGGCUACUCAAAGACUCAUAUCGCUGGAUUCUAGACAACAAAGAGUUCAAACAAUGGCAAGACAGCGAGAGAAAUCGCCUUCUCUGGAUCAAGGGUGAUCCUGGUAAAGGCAAGACGAUGCUCCUCUGUGGUGUCAUCGAAGAGCUGACGGGAUUGUAUGGGGAUAAUGCGAGUAUCUCGUUCUUUUUCUGUCAGGCUACCGACAUGCGGAUCAACAGUGCUACAUCUGUCCUGAGGGGUUUGAUAUAUUUACUUGUCAAGAAGAACCCAUCUCUUCUCCACCAUGUGCGAACUCGGUACGACUAUGCAGGAAAGACUGUCUUUGAGGAUGUCAAUGCAUGGAGCGCACUGUCAACAAUCUUCAGGGACAUUCUAAACGACCCGAAACUGCAGAUGACUUAUUUGGUAAUCGAUGCCUUAGAUGAGUGCACCAGUGGGCUCCGUACCCUUCUAGACUUAAUUGUCCAGGAAUCCUCAGUCAAUCCACAGAUAAAGUGGGUUGUUUCUAGCCGCAACUGGCCUGAAAUCACUGAGCGACUUGAAAUUGCUACCCAGCUAGCUCCAAUCUCAUUAGAGCUGAACGAGGCGUCUGUGUCUGAAGCAGUGAAUCAAUUUAUUCAGCAUAAAGUUGACGAAUUGGCCAAAGCGAAAAGUUACAGCGAAAAAACUCGCGACGGCGUUCAAUCCUACCUAUCGUCAAACUCGCAAGGUACCUUCCUCUGGGUGGCCUUGGUGUGUCAGAAUCUCGAAAAGAUACGAUUCAAUGUACUGAAGAAGCUAAAAUUAUUUCCUCCUGGGUUGGAGGCUCUAUAUGGUCGAAUGAUUAGCCAGGUUUGCGAAUCUGAAGAUGCCGAGCUCUGCAAGAAGAUACUGGCAAUCAUGUCAACAGUUUUUCGGCCUAUUACGCUACACGAACUAACUUCAUUUAUUAAACUACCGGAUGAAGUUUACGAUAAUCUUGUUUCUCUUGAAGAGAUAAUCGCAAUCUGUGGAUCUUUUUUCACGUUACGGGAACAUACUAUUGUGUUUGUUCAUCAGUCUGCAAAGGAAUUUUUACUCAAGGAAGCACUCAGUGAGAUACUUCCUAAAGGUAUAGAGGCUGAACACGACAUGAUAUUUGUACGAUCUCUCGACGUUAUUUUCAAGACACUUCAACGGGAUAUCUGGAAUAUCAAAUCACCUGGAAUCCACACGAAGGAUAUCUGCAAACCUAGCCCAAAUCCACUAGCAGCGGUGGAAUACUCAUGUGUCUACUGGAUGGACCAUCUUGAAGCUAGACUACUUAAUGAAGCUUGUGAGCUGGGAGUUUGUGACAGAGGUCGCGUGGAUACGUUUCUGCAGCAGAAACUCCUCCACUGGCUCGAAGCUCUUAGUAUUUUGGGAAGUGUUUCGGAUGGCAUCCAAGUGAUGCAAAAGCUCGAGAUGUUGAUUGAGGAUCAAAGACCAGAAUGGGUUCUGAAUGAUCCUGUGAAGACAGAAGAAUGGAGUCCCUGUUUUCAAACUUUUGAGGGUCAUAGUGAUGGGGUCACGUCGGUUGCCUGGUCGCCAGAUGGAAGCCGACUCGCAUCAGCAUCUCACGAUAAGACAGUCAGAAUCUGGGAUCCGGCUACCGGCCAGAGCAUAUCAACUCUCGAUGAGCAUAGUGGUACGGUCAUGUCAAUAUCCUGGUCGCCAGAUGGAAGCCGACUCGCAUCGGCGUCAGGUGAUAAGACAGUUAGGAUCUGGGAUCCGGCUACCGGCCAGAGCAUAUCAACUCUCGAUGAGCAUAGUGGUACGGUCAUGUCAAUUUCCUGGUCGCCAGAUGGAAGCCGACUCGCAUCGGCGUCAGAUGAUAAGACAGUCAGGAUCUGGGAUCGGGCUACCAGUCAGAGCAUUUCAACCCUUGAGGGGUAUAUUGGUUCGGUCACAUCGAUUGCCUGGUCGCCAGAUGGAAGCCAACUCGCAUCGGCGUCAAAUGAUAAGACAGUGAGGAUCUGGGAUCCGGUUACCAGCGAGAAUAUAUCAACUCUUGAUGGGCAUGGUAGUGAGAUAAUUUCGAUUGCCUGGUCGCCAGAUGGAAGCAGACUCGCAUCAGCGUCUAAUGAUAACACAGCCAGGACCUGGGAUCCGGCUACCCGCCAGGCUUUAUUAAUCCUUGAGGGGCACAGCGCCUGGGUCAACUCGAUUGCCUGGUCGCCGGAUGGAAGCAGACUUGCAUCGGUGUCAGAAGAUAAAACAGCCAGGGUCUGGGAUCCGGCUACCGGCCAGAGCAUAUCAACUCUCGGUAGGAAUAGUGGUUCGCUCUGGUCGAUUGCCUGGUCUCCAGAUGGAUGCCGACUCGCAUUAGCAUCUGGUGAUGGGAUGGUCAGGAUCUGGGAUCCGGCUACUGGCCAGAGCAUAUCAACUCUCGAUGAGCAUAGUGAGGAGAUCAUAUCGAUUGCAUGGUCGCCAGAUGGAAGUCAAAUUGCAUCAGCGUCUUAUGAUAACACUGUUAGAAUCUGGAAUCCGGCUACUAGCCAGAGCAUAUCAACUCUCGAUAGGCAUAUUGGCUCGGUCAUAUCGAUUGCCUGGUCGCCAGACGGAAACCGACUCGCGUCAGCGUCUGUGGAUAAGACAGUCAGGAUUUGGGAUCUGGCUACCGGCCAGAAUAUAAUAACCCUCGAUGAGCAUAGUGGUACGGUCACAUCGAUUGCCUGGUCGCCAGAUGGAAGCCGACUCGCAUUAGCGUCUGUUUAUAGGACAGUCAGGAUCUGGGAUCCGGCUACCGGCCAGAGUAUAUCAACUCUCAAUAGGCAUAGUAAUUCGGUCAUAUCGAUUGCCUGGUCGCCAGAUGGAAGCCAACUCGCAUCAGCGUCUUGUGAUAAAACAGUUAGGACCUGGGAUCCGGUUACCGGCCAGAGUAUAUCAACCUUCGAGGGGCAUAGUGAUUGGGUCUGGUCGAUUGCCUGGUCGCCAGAUGGAAGCAGACUCGCAUCAGCGUCAAGGGAUAAAACAGUCAGGAUCUGGGAUCCGGCUAGUGGCCAGAGUAAAUCAAAUCUUCUUCUUGCCUUCAUCGACUCUCUUCAAUUCGAGAACGAUGAUAUCAAUCUUCUGCGCACAAAUAACGGCACAUAUGACAUAGGCUCAAAAGGUCCGAUGACGCCUGUGUCGGACGACUCCAUCUUGCCGCUUAAGCAGUAUGGAUACGGAUUAAGCCAGGAAAGUUCCUGGAUUACCUAUAAUGGUCUUAACCUGCUAUGGCUGCCUCCGGAUUAUCGCCCUUCACGUUCCUUCCAUUUUGCCAAACAGACAAACGCAUUGGCAAUCUGCUCAUCGAGUCGUCUCAUAUUCCUUACAUUUUCACAACAGAAUCCCAUUUCUAGCCUUUAA